CGGCCUCCUCUCAGUCCUCAGAGGCGCAGCCGCGCAACGCUGCCGGCGUCAAGCCGGAGUCCGCCCGCUUCUCCGUAUCGUCUGCCGCACUGCGACAGCGGCUCCCGGUUAAUUUUAUCCACGCUGAUUUGUGCUGAUUCGAGAGCAGGGGUCGGCACAGUCGCGCGGAGGAUUGGGGCCGCUGCUGUACUGGUCGCCGGGGCUCCUGUCGACGAAUCGCUCCUCCGCCAAUCCCUCGCUCGGGUGUAGGCAUCACCGGGGCUUUGCCUUUGCGCAGCCCCAAUCCGGGCGUCACUUGGGGGGAAAGUGGGUCUCCAACUCUCCAUGCGCCAUCACAUCAGCCGCGGAAUCCACAUAUCUAAAAAGAGGUUUGCAGAUGUCAAAUUUGUAUGCUCGAUGAUGUGCGAUGUAGAAAAAAUGGACUGAAGGUAGUAACCCAUCUGCAUAGACCAAAGAAGAAAGGUUUGGGUUUCUACACGCCAAUAUAAAGGAGGAGCAUCACAGUCUGUUGAUGUUCAAGUCAUUCUCCAAAAUGUGAAUAGAUGCUGCACACGCUGCAACAAAACCAUUGGCAUAUAGAGAUGGACCAGUUGGAUAUGCAUUUUGUGCUUGCCUCCCACAGCCCCUGCUUAGCCUCUUUUCCCAUCAUUCAACACUUGUAAAUGGAGUAUGCUAAUUUACGACGCCAAGCAGCAUCCUUGAAAAGGAGCCUCUUUGAUCAGGGGUAUUUGGAUGAGCAAUUUUGCCAGGUUGAGGACUUGCAGGAUGAAGCAAGCCCCAAUUUUGCAGAAGAAGUGGUCUCCUUGUUCUUCAAGGACUCAGCGAGGCUAGUGACAAACAUUGAGCAAGCUAUGGAGAAGUAUCCCAAAGAUUUCAAUAGAUGGGAUGCACACAUGCAGCAGCUUAGAGGCAGCUGUUUUAGCAUCGGCGCUUCUAAGAUGAACAAUGAGUGCACAUCUUUCAGGAACAGCUGUGGAGAAGAAAAUGCUGAAGGUUGCAGGAGAACUUUCCAGAAAGUGAAGAGGGAGCAUGCUAUUCUGAGGCAGAAGCUGGAGUCCUACUUCCAGCUGCUGCGACAAGCCGGUCCUGCCAGGACCGCGACCAGGCCUGGAAGCAUGUAAGGCGCUGGCCGCUGGCGCUUUACAGGGAGGUGAACCACUAUAUCUCUAUACGGGAUCGUUGCAGAGAAAGAAGACCCAGGAGCAGGAGACAUGCCUGGUACUGCCAUGGGUGCUAGCUAGUUUAUUAAUGCCUGAAAGAUUAUAAUGAUCAUAAAAAAGUAUCAUACUGUACUAUAAUCAUAAGGGCGCCAUGUUGGUGUCCUGUUGGAUAAUAGUCUGAUAUAGUCGUGUCAUGUCAUGUCCGCGCUUAUGUACGAUAAAUAACACGAACCGAGCUUGCAAGUGUCUGUUAUUAAUUAAUUAUUUUAUACAACAAGCUUUGUGAAUGUUUGCACAACAGCUAACUGGAAA